AUGUCUCCAAGCACAGCCAUCUUCGCCGACUUUGAAGAAUUCAGUAGUAGGCAGCUCCGCACUCUCGUCAUGGAAGGAAUUGAAGCCGAGGUGAGGAGGCAGGAAGUGGUACUGGAAGCAGCCCUGAUGGACAGGAUUGAAGAUAUCGUCCGCAGCGCAAAUCAGCAGCUCUUCCAGCAAUGGCGUGAGCACCAGAGUCUCACUCAGCUUGAGCCGGGACCAAGCAGCAAUGCUGCUCUUGGGCCUACAGAUGUAGAGGGCCCCCUCACCGAGCCAGCUGCAGAGCUUGCAGCCAUGGUGGUCCCACCUCCUGAGAUGGACUUCGACCAACUACUGUCUAACGACUUCACACAUCCAGCCACUUCCAUUGACCCAGCUCAUUCAGCCGUCCCGAGCUAUGCAGAUUCUACGUACGGUUCAUCACAGACGAGUGACAAAGCGGUUACAAAUAGUAGAGCAGCAGCGGGCCCGGCUCAUCAUCCCCAACCUCAGACGCAGCCACUUCAUGCGGAGCCGUUUCCGGCACAGUCUACCUACAAUGGGAGGUGGGAUGCUGUGACCGCUUUGCACAACAUCGAUCCCGGAAGCCUGCCCGAUUCCGUACUAACUUCCUCCUUUACCGGUCCGACUUUCUGGGAAGAUUCACAAGAUUUUCCAGACUCAAUCCCUCAGACUUCACCGACUACCGUGGCGGGGACUCUUCCUUCAAGCUCGCAGUGGGACAAAGAUGGGAUGCAUCAAGAAGGUGGUGGGAUUGCAGCGCUAUUCGAGUAUUGGGCCAUUAGAUAG